CAACCCCAUCUGGAAAUAUCCAUUUCCGGCUGUUACGAUUUGUAGUAACAAUAAGAUUUCCAAGAGAAAAAUGAAUAAAUUAAUACAGAAACUAGUAUUGCCCACGACCGCGAAACCUAUAGGGAUGCAACAGAUCAGAUUGUUGUUACAAUUGUUUCCUAAUGUUCGUGACGUUGAAUUGGAUAUCGAGGAUUUACAAAGUUUACAAACAGUUUUAGAUUAUAAUAACAUGACGGUACAGGACGCUUUAUAUAAUAUUAGCCCCAGUUGCAAAGAUACAGUUAUCCAAUGUAAAUGGAAGGGUGAUAUCAGACGCUGUGGCAGUCUUUUUGAGGAAGUCAUAACUCCGAUGGGCAUCUGUUGUAGCUUCAACUAUGUUCACAAGAACAUAUCGCAGAAAGAAAAAAGACUAGCUGGCAUGGGAAAAUAUUCGGGGCUAAUUGUUACGUUAUAUAAUGACGUAAAUGACUAUGUUUUCACUGACAUACUCGCUUAUGGACAAAAGACGGAGCGCUGUGUGAACGGGGUGUUAGAACCGAAUGCACCAUAG